CGUUUUUAGAGCGGCAGCGUCACAUGUUGUUUUUCUCCAGGAUCAGAUCAGUCACUGGUCUGGUCCGACUGCACUGUUGCUUCUACCGUGGCGGAAAGCGGACACAGCUAUCGGUGUCUGCUAUGGAUUAGAUAUAUAAAAAAAAACGGGUAACCUUUAAAGUUUUUUUUUUUUUUUGCUGCGAGUUUUACAAAAAAAAAAGAGACUUUGCUUAUCUGGAACUUGAAAAGAGAAGUGGAGAGAAAUGGCAAGUCCUCCGGCGACGGGAGGACACCUGUUAUCUAAUGGGACGAAUGGUGUGAAGAAGUACGGAUACCUGAGGAAGCAGAAACACGGACACAGACGCUUUUUCGUGCUCCGAGAGCCGACCGAGCAAUGCCCUGCCCGGCUGGAGUAUUAUGAAAGCGAGAAGAAAUGGAGAAACAAGUCCGCCGCGAAACGGGUCAUAACUUUGGACUCCUGUCUGUGCGUAAACAAACGAGCCGACGCCAAACACAAGCACCUCAUCGCCCUCUACACCAAGGACGAGUACUUCGCUGUGGCUGCAGACAACGAGCAGGAGCAGGAGAGCUGGCACACGGUUCUGACUGAUCUAAUAGCCGAGGGGAAAGUGUACGACAGCCCCGCGUCCACCUCAUCUUUAGUGGGCUUUGAGGAGGCCAGCUACGGACUCAUUACUCCUGCAACGGCUGUCUAUAAGGAGGUAUGGCAGGUCAACUUGAAAUCCAAAGGCUUGGGUCAGAUCAAGAACCUCAUUGGAGUGUACAGGCUGUGUUUGUCCAGUCGGACCAUCAGCUUUGUCAAACUGAACUCAGAAACAGCUGCUGUCAGUUUACAGCUCAUGAACAUUAGGAGAUGCGGCCACUCGGACAGUUUCUUCUUUAUAGAGGUUGGCCGGUCAGCGGUCACUGGGCCUGGGGAGUUCUGGAUGCAAGCAGAGGACUCAGUGGUGGCGCAGAACAUCCAUGAGACCAUCCUUGAUGCCAUGAAGGCCAUGAAGGAGCUGUCUGAGUUCAGGCCGCGGAGCAAAAGCCAGUCUGCCAGCACUAACCCGAUCUCUGUGCCCACACGACGCAACCUCAACAACCUCCCCCCCAGUCAGACGGGCCUGGUGAGGAGAUCCAGGACAGAUAGCAUGGCAGCCACGUCCCCAGGUAGAAAGUUCACGUCCUGUCGGAUAAGAACGGCCAGCGAGGGAGACGGAAGCGUGACCCGGCCUGUGUCCAUGUCCAUAUCUGUGAACGGGAGUCCCACCAGUCCAAACUCUGGAAAUCACCUCAGCAGGUCCUAUACCCUCAGCAGUGGGCGCACCUGCAGAAUGCUAGAGUCCUCCUCCAACCUGCAUCAUAGCCGGUCCAUGCCGGUGUCCAACUCCCCUCCGGUUGCCCCCAGCCCAAUCAGCAUGUCUCCCAGAGGGGGGGCUAGUAUUUGCACUCCUGACAAAGCUCGACGGCCUUUCAGCUGCAGCGCCUCCAUCUCAGGCUCCCUCAGCGACACUGGCUUCAUGCUGUGUGACGAUUACAGCUCCAGCCCAGGUGAACCCAAAUACCUCCCCCUGACCCGCAGCGACACCCCUGACUCUCUGUCCAGCACGCCUCCAUCCCGUGACAUCAGCGAGUCUUGUGGCUACAUGAUAAUGGAGGGGGCGAAUGGCAGCAGGUCCGGGCCUGGCGGCGAAGGUCUAGCGUUUGACAAGGCGUACAGGAAGCGGACGCACUCCCUCACCACGCCACGUCAGCAGAGGGUGGUGGCGCCACUGUCCUCGGCCUCCCUGGAUGAGUACACACUCAUGAGGAUGGCCCAUGGACAGAACUCUCACUCCGCCUCGCCCAAACUGUGCUACCCUGAGGAUUAUGGAGACAUUGAAAUCGGUUCAUCCAGGAGCUCCAGUAGUAACCUUGGCGAUGAUGGCUACAUGCCAAUGACGCCAGGUGUAGCGACCCAGUCUGGCAAGGCAGAUAACUACGUGCCCAUGAGCCCCAUGUGCGUUUCAGCACCGAAGCAGAUUAUGAAUCCUAGGGUGCAUCCACAGGUGGCUGCCAGCAGUGGCUACAAGACCAACUCCCCCUGCAGCAGCUCUCUGGAGGACAGCGGCUACAUGAGAAUGUGGUGUGGCUCCAAAUCCUCCACAGAGAGCCCAGACAGGAAUGGUGAAUACAUGAACAUGUCACCUGGAAACCCACCUCCACUCCAGACCUCCCCUGACUACUACUUGGGCCUGCUGGCUGGUGAACCUGCAUCAGUGAGGUCAGCUUACCAGGCCGGCUCCCUCACGCUCCCUGCUAAACUUCAGGCCUCCAAAAAUGACGACAGCAGCCAGUAUGUGUUGAUGAGCCCUCAGAGUUUGAGGCAGAGGGCGGGGGAAUCAGACUAUUAUUCAGUGAUGCAGCCCAGUGCACCUCAGACCUCACCCUCAGUGCCCUCCCCAGUCAGACAUGGCCGGGUGGAGAGCCUGCCCUACAGAGGGAGGCUAGGCAGGCCUAACAGGCUAUCCCUGGACACCCUGAGGACCCUGCCCAGCAUGCACGAGCACCCCCUGCCCGGAGAACCCCGGAGCCCUGGGGAGUACAUUAACAUUGACUUCAGUGGCACCAGAUUCUCCCCGCCCUCCAUUGUAUCCGCAGAGAGCCAGUCUUCAUCACUGGGUUCCAGCAGCGGGGGAACGGGACGGUCCUCUCUGACAGACUACAUAAACUUGGAGCUGGGCUCACACUCUCCAAAGGAGGCUGACACUCCCUCUAGGCGCUUGGACACACUACCAGAGUUAUCCACGUGCCCCUGCUCAGAGGAGGCUGGAGUGUACCAUCUGGAUAGUGAGAAAGAGUCUCAGGGCCUCAGUGAUGAGGUGAAAAAUGACUACUCUGAGAUGACAUUUGGGAUGACCAGCUCGCCUGCACAGCUUGUUCCUCAGAACACAGCAAGCAGCCAGAGCAGCAGGGAGAGGAGGCUCUCCCUGGAGCACCAGGGAGUCCCAGAAGGCAUUGGGGUCUUCCUGCUUGGGGCCCCGUCUUCCUCCACAGUGGACCCCGACUGCUCUGCCAAGGUGAUCCGGGCCAAUCCGCAGGGACGUAGGCGCCACAGCUCUGAGACCUUCUCCUCUACCGCCACCGUGACGCCAGUCCUGCCCUCCUUCGCCCGAGGCGACGCGGUGAAGAGGCACAGCUCGGUGGAGAACAUCUCGUCCCGGAGCAGCGAGGGCUCUGAUGAGGAGUACGGCAGCCCGGUGAACCGGCAGAGCUCGGCCGGCUACCCGAGCGGACUGAACUACAUUGCCUUGAACCUACUGGACAACAGGGUGGAGCAAUGUGAGGACCUGGCUGGCUUUAAACCCACCAGCAGCUGCAAAGGGGGCAUCAAUGGAUUACACAGCACACCAUAUGUCUGCUUGGGAUUCAAGGAGGCUGCAACCACUGCCAAAGACUGAAGGACUCCUCCGUCCUCUGACUUGGCGUCUUCACCGACCUGCUGCUUGAAAAAAAGUGGCCCUAAAAGACUGUCAGGACCCUCAGCAACACUCACACACUAACACAUACACAAGCAGGUCACCAUCUAUGCAUGUCGUGAAUUUGCUGAAGGCAUUACAGGUGUGUUUGUGUGUGUGUGUGUGUGUGUGUGUGUGUGGGUGGAUGUGUGUGUUGUGUAUUGGUGCGGCUCAUGUUCCCUGCGCUUUCAGAGGCCAUUUCUCCUCUGACCCAAAUUUUGGCGCAAGCACAGAAGCAAAGAUAGUCAGACAAUAAGAAAACACUAAUGGUACCCAGAUACUAUUUAUUUACUUGAGGGCAGUUUUAAUGACUGCCUGUAUGCAUGCGAAUGUGUGUUUCUGAGACAAAGUACGACCAACCGGUACGUCAGUGAACAAUGAAACCUACUAUAGAAAUGGCCCAGGGAGUGAGGAUACAAAGGUACACGGAGUAUAUAACUAUAUUUAGAUUAGAUAUUUUAUUUAUUUUUGGAAGAUGAAUGUCUGAUAAGACCUACCCAAUGCCUUAAUGUCUAUACUGUCCUUAUGUUUUCUAUGAAAUAAGAUAUAAAUAUUCUAUUACAGUAUGUCUGUUUGGACCUACAUCUCUAUAUUGUUAUUCUGUUGUGGAAAGUAAAAAGCCUGGCUUACCAUUAAAAAAAAUAUUAUUUCUGAAAUGUACAAUACAGUGGGGCUGCUUGAGAUCUAAAUUAAUGUAUUGAUAUUAAAGUAUUUUCUUAAUUACUAAUUUCUUAUUUAUUCUAAUCUAGUUUAUUUUUUUGUCCAAUCAAAGCGCUGGACUUAAAGAAAUAUAUUUCUAAAUGUCUUUAAAGAGUUAGGCAUGUCUUAUAACUCAGCUCAGACCCCACAACACCAGGCAUCUGAAUGCACUGUACCUCCCACAGUUCCUCAGUCACUUGAGCCUGAAAACCUCACACACUCCUACCUUCAAACCUACGGCCUGCUGUUAAGCUCCAUGCAGGCCGCCCUGCUGUGAUAUCAUUUGACCGUACAACCGUCUAGUUGAGGUGACGAUGGAGGGGUAGAGCCAAUGAAAAAUGUCAAGGUUGGGGCACAGUCGAAGCGGUUUCUGGUCAACGAGUGAGGGCUGAAGUGAGGGGGAAAGGGGCCGCCAGUGUCAGCAGUGCUGGACAGGCACUGAGGGGAGGAGAGAGGCCAACAGCCACACCAGGGGCCAUCAUGGAGGUUCACUGGAUAAGCAGCUGGCUGGAAGGCGGCAUAAAAAAGUUUGAUCUGGCUGAAGAGAGUUACAAGUCAAAGACCAUGUAGCUAUAUAACUAUGUGAUAACAAUUACGGGAUAAUGCUACAUGCUAAAACAGUGUAAUAGUAGCACAAGUAGAGAGGAGUCAUCAAGUCAGUGAACUGACUAAAUGAAGUGUUUUGUACAGCAGUAUGUAUCUAUCGCCAUUAGCUACUGGCUGACAUUGGCUACCAUUAGCUACUGGUCAUACCAGACCCAGUAAGGUAGCAGCAGAACUCCUGAGUGUAAUGAAUUGAACAACAGUUAUUUCUUAAUAACUUAAUAACAUUUUUUUAAGAUACAUAGUCUCUCUUUAAAAUUAGCCUAUGUUACAUUUGCUGUUACGUAGUCUCGUUUUAAUCUGAAGAAACUAAACAUUUUGAUGAGGAGAGAAAUGAUCAUUUUGUCAAAAAUGACACACACACAAAAAGAAUUCCGCUGCUUCCCAAGAGCUUUGAACCUCCAAAAUGGCCGCCAGAUGGUUUGCUAACGUUAUCUGAAAGCCCUCUUUGGACAUCCUAACUGUGUGGUCUUUGUGUCGCCCAUUGUGCCAACUGGCUCACAACCCCUUUAGUGUACAGUAGAUUGUAAAACUUUUAACCAUGUCUGAAUGUAUUGCUGAGCUGGUGGGAACACCACAGGAACAUAAAAUGGCAAACGGUUUUGAGAGAGUUGAAUAAUAUUGGAGCUGUACCACUUUAAGUUGUGGUAUGUAUUUAUCUUCAGUCUUGAAUGUGUAUAUUUUGUACAUAGAAAGAGUUUAACUAAAAAAAAUCUAUUGAAAAUACAUAAGAGUACUUAGAUUUUACCUAUGUUGCAAUGAUAUUCCUGUGUAAAGACUUUGGCUACCGAUUUUUAAAAAGGUGACAGGGUUUUUGCUUUGGGGUUGUACAGUGUAUUGUAUGCUUUUCUCCCUCAGUCUCUGUGACUAUAUGAAAAAAUCUUCUAUAGUCUAUUUUAUUAUAGAGAUCUCUUUGCCUUGUCGACACACUUUACCUAAUGGCAUAUGCAAUAGUGACAUGAAUACAAUCUAGUUUACAACCGUGGAACCAAAUGUAACAUUGCAUUAAUGAUUAUUUUCUGUUUGUGACGAGCAGAAGCUGUUUUGCUCCUUGUACAUUUCUCUUUCUGCCAAGCGUUUUGUUUUUGUCGCUAGGAACUUUGUUCUUGACAUGUUUCAAAGCGCUUUCCACAUUUCUGUGUCCAUGGACAGACUCUUCUUUUACAGAUUGAUCUUGGAUUAAGUCUGAAUGUGUCAUUGUCUUCCAUUGUACAUAGUUCAAUAUACUGUUUAUGUGAUGCUCACAAGAGAUGAUUAUGAUUUAUAAAUUCUGGUAGUCGAGUAUUGCUUUUGUCUGUAUUGAUUAUGGAUAGCAGCCUACAGAAAUAAAUGAAUUUAUUUAAAGAGGUA